UGUUUGUGGCGUUUGGUGUGGUUUCGCUACGUUUCGUCACAAGAAUUGAAUUCCUACUCAUUUGAACAGUGUUUUAGGCCUUCAUCCGCCAUUACAAAUCGUCCAAUAUCAUUGUUUCCCUCAUUUAUCGUACUGGACUGGAGAGUACUGUGGGAACUUUGUGCUAUUGGUUCCAGUGUAAGUGUUUGAGAAGUGUAUCAUUUCCUGUUCCAUAUCGUACAGAAACAAGCAACUACGACCGCUUGCGAACUCUUCGUUAUCACAAGCGCGCCGUAUGCACUCCGUCACCGCUGUUUGAAUAUCGAGAGCCGGCAGGUGAUUGAACCGGAGAAUGCCAGUAAAUGGCACCCCAGUGCAGUGCAGGACUCGUGUAGUGUUGUGAAAUAGUGCAUAAUCGUGUCGUUACAUAAGGGCGGGAUGAGUGAGGUAGGCUGCCCGCCCUGACGCGUCUUGCGCCGGCGUCCGCGGCGGGCGGCGCUCGUGUCAUGGCCCCGGCGCUAACUGUGCCACCCCAGUUUGCCCGCUUCUACACGGCCGUCGAGACCGACAAGCUAUCCCACCGGAGACGGGCGCUCGCGUCCGUCGACAACCGCGCCAUACAGAUGGACGAAGACGAUAUGGGGCUCCAGAACCAACCCAGCCUGGCCAAGGACUCCCAGGAGAUGGAACAAAUACUUGUCGACCUAGGCAACAGUGAUAUUGUUCAAACUGAUCUGUUCCAAGCGAUUAAAACCUUAGAAACUGGAGCAGAUAAUCUCUCCACAGGUGACCCAGAAGCUAUAUUUCCCUUGAGUGGGUUUGAUUUGGCUGAUUCGGUGGACUCUGAGGGAGAUGCAGCAGAAGACAAAAUAAGAUUGAUGCAAGUUCGUUUAGAACGCCGUUGCGCCUUUCUAUUGCGGCGUUUACGAAUAUUACAAGGGCGGGCAAUUGGAAAGAGAAUAUCAGAGGAGGCCGCUCAGACAUUUGAGAAAAGCACUCGUGGGGCUCGGAAAGAUGGUGGUGGGAGGCCAAUGGGGUUGAAAGCAUUGUUAAAAAGGAUAGAGACUACUGCUGCUCUACAGGCCAGUGCUGCAUCUCGGACAGUUGUUGGACCUACGUAUUAUAAAGCUGGGACAUCCAAAGGUGAUGCAUCAAGAUCUGCAUCUAUUGGCAUUUCAUCUGGGACUUUGACUGGAUUAGAUGAUUCUGCGGGUGCACUGCGCUCUCACCUGUCAGUAGUAAAUUAUCAGCUGGACUCUGAUGCAACAGCCUCAUCCUCGGGGGCUGAGAGCAAUGAUGAGGCUGUCACCUACAACAAUGUUCACCAACAGCCCAUGCCUAUUGAAAAGCGAGCUCUGUGGACGUGGCAAAAGACGCGUGCAUCCAUCGCCUCCCGAUGGUGCUGGUUGCAGGUUCAAGUCCAGGAGCUGGAGUACAAGAUCCGACAGCACAAUGAUCUCCAUAGACAGGUGCGCGAGGCGAAGGGCCCGGUGCAGUUUGAGGGCGAGCCGGAGGGCUACUCGGGCAGCCUGCCGGGAACGGAGGAUUCUUGUGCGCGCGUACGUCCGCUGCGCAGGGACGCGUUCAAUAAGCGGAAACUCCUUCAGAUGCACAACCUGCACAUCGCCACCAACAAGGCGGCCAAGCCAUCGGAUAUCAAAUGCAGUUGUCAGUACCGCGUGGAGAGUUGCCCUGUGUGCACGGGGCGUGCGGAGCCGACGCAACCAUUGCCGCCCUUCUCGACCCUUGCGCCCGCUCAGCGGCUGGCCCUAGUUGACCCUGCCUACCACCCUGUGCUAAGCGAUAUUAAAGAUGUAUCGCCCGACAUUCACAUGGCAGCACUGUCAUCGCGCCCGUGGUUCCGGUCUCGCGUCGGCAAGGCCUGGCGAGGCGCCCACCACGCCUCCUCCCCCCGUGGAACUCACCACGCGCCUUCGACAACGCCACAGGCCACGCCCAGACCUGUCAAACGACUGCCUACGAGAUUGAAAAGAGGUCGCCCACCGUUGUCACGGAAGGUCGCCAAAGAGCGAGACCGAGACGAAGAUACUUCUACGUCGGGGCAAGACAGGCGCGGACGCAGCAGUACUGAGUGGCGCUCGAUACGUCGCCAAUCUUACGACAUCGACAACAUCGUGAUUCCGCAGAGUGUGGCUGCCAGCACUAGACCAGAGAUACUGACGUAUAAAGAGAUCAUUACCCCCAAAUGGCGGGUAAUGGAGAUACCAGAGACGCCGCUGAACAAUGGAGUAAUGAAGUCUAUGCGCAUGUCAAUCGAGAGUGAAGACGAGGAUAUAUCGGAGGUGGCAGUGCAAGCGAGGCACACGCGUGCGGAAACGCGCGAGCGAAAUCGCUACAUGCGGAAACAGAGAACGCGGAGAGCCAAGAUCGAGGCAGAGAACAAUUCUCACGAGCAGGAGCCGGAGCCGCUGCUGAAUUUACAACCGCAACCGCAACCACAACCGCAGUUAGAACCGCAGCCGCAGCCGAUGAUGCUACCGCCGAUACAGCAUGAGACAGUGAGACCAUACUCCCCGAGGCAUUUUCCACUCCGAGAAAACCAGUACCAAGAGAUGCUUGCCAACAUGCCAGAGGGCUUCCGACCUAGCAGUCCGGAGCCCACUCCGCCCAGGAUAGACGAGGAAUGCGAUGACUCUAGCACCAUGUCUCCGUUAUCUCCUCAAAUCUACGAGGGUGAUGAUCCUGAUGAUGCUGAAUGGGAUCCGAGGAUUGAGAAGUCUGAACGCAGGAAGAGUAUGCUGAGGUGAAGAUAGGAAACAGGGUCACGCUACACUUCAAGGUCAUAAUUUCAAGUAAUAAAAUACACGUUGUCGUAAACAUUUCACUAUGUAUCAAAUGUAAAAUGGUUGCAAAUAUCUUUCUACGACUUUGAUUGAUUAUAAAUUUUGUAAACCUAUAUCAUUCUUGCUUUACCAUCUCUUCUAUUCUACUUUGAUGGCCGAUUGGCGCAGUAAGCAGCGACCCUGCUUUCU